AUGGCGCCACCGGUAAGUAGGAGCAAGGCCCUACAGGAUAGCAAGGCCAAGCUGGACAAAUGGAUAAGCGGCGAGGAGGGAAACUCGAGCCACAUGGAGAGAAUAAUCAAGGAAAUGGAAUAUAUGAGAAAUCAGAUGGAAAAAUUGAAAGAGAGUAUAAUGGAGAGCUUGGAAGAUCAACUGAAAAAAAUCAGGAAGGAAAUGGAGGAAGAGAGGAGAUUAAGAGAAGCGGAGAGAGAAAGAGAGAAGAUCGAGUGGAAAAGGGAGAAAGAAGAGCUCGUGCAAAGGAUAGAAGAGCUAGAGAAGACAAACGAGAGGAAAGAGAGAGAAGCACGGAGGAGAAACAUAGUCAUAAAAGGAGUAAGUUGGAAAAAUGAAAGAGUAGAAGAAGAGGUGAGUAAAUUCAUAAAAGAAAAUUUAAAAGUGGAGGUAGGAGUAGAAAAGGCUUUUAGGACAAGAAUAAAAGAAAAAGAUAUUGUAAUUGCUAGCCUAGAAAACCGGGAGCAGAAAAGAGAGAUUAUGGUCAGGAAAAAAGAGUUAAGGCAAGGAAUUUGGAUAGAAGACGACCUAACAAAGGAGGAAAGGGGAAUUCAGAGGAAAUUGAGAGAGAGAGCUAGAUCGGAAAGAGAAAAAGGACGAAAGGAUACGUGGGAAUACUUAGAGGAAUUCGACGUUUUAGGUUUAACAGAGACAUGGAUUGAAGAGGAAGGAUGGAGGAGAAUAAAAGAUAAGCUGCCAAAUAAAUUCAGGUGGAAUUGUAUACCGGCAAGGAGAGAGCACAAGAAAGGGAGAGCCAGAGGAGGUAUAAUUACAGCGGUGAAUAAGAGCGUAAAGGAUAAUAUUUUCAGAAAGCUAGGUUAUGGAAUAGCGGAGAAUAAACUGAUUCACAACGGAAACAGAUGGAGAAUUGUCACGGUAUACAGCCAGGACAUAGAAGAAACUAUGGAUGCCUUAACGGAAUUAAUUCAAGAAGAAGAGGAAGAGUUCUUAAUGAUAGGAGGAGACUGCAAUGCAAGGACUGGAAGAGAAGGAGGUCCAAUUAGAGAAGAAGAAGGAAAGACAAGAACAUCGAGGGAAUCAAGGGACAAAGUGAUUAAUAGAGAGGGACGAUUGUUAAUAAGCAAAAUUGUGGAGAGAGGAUGGAUGAUUCUUAAUGGAAGCUAUAACAAGGAAGGAGACUGGACUUAUAUCGGGGAAGUCGGAACUUCAGUUGUGGAUUAUGUAAUUGCAAAUGAAAAGGCGGAAGAGGACAUCAAGAUAGUCGUAGAAGGAGACAGGACGGAGUCAGACCACGUGCCUCUAGAAGUGGAAUUAGAAGGAUCGAUCAUACAGUCGAGUAAAAGAGAAGAGGAGACGGAAUUUAUUGAGGUGAGUGACUGGAGUGAAGAAGGAAGAAUGCAAUACAGAGAACGCUGCGAAGGAUGGACUUGUGAACAAAAUGAGAUCGAAAAAAUUUGGCAGGAAUUGAAGACAAAGGUGAAAAGUUCAAUCACGAAGCACAAAAAGAAGAGAGGGAAAUGGAAACUCGGAAAGAAAGUAUGGCACAGUAAGGAAUGGAAGAGAGAGAAGAGAUAUUUAAGAGCGAUGAUGAGAAGAAUGAAAAAAGGAAAGAUCAGUCGAGAAGAUUAUAUACAGAAAAGGAAACAAUAUAAAGAAUGGUGCAAAGAUGAAAAGGAAAGACACGAGAUAGAAGAGGAGUGGAAAUUGAAGAACAUCAGCACAGAAAAAGAGGCAUGGAAACACAUAAAUAGAUAUAGAAAGAAGAGAGAAGGCAUAGACGAAGAAAUAGAGCUGGGAAACUGGAAAAAACACUUCAUGGAUCUACUUGGAGGGAAAGAAGAAAAGAUGACCUGGCAUCAGGAAGAAGAGGAGAACAGGAGAGAUGUAGGGGAAGAGAACCUAGAGGAAGAGGCAACAGAACUAACGACCGAAGAAUUGUAUAUCCAAUGGAGGGAGCUAAAGUUGGGGAAAGCCCCAGGGGAAGACGGCAUAGAGAACGAGGCGUGGAAGUAUGUGCCAGGAGAAGUAGGAGAGGUGCUUGUAAGACUGUUGAAUGGAGUAUGGAAACACGGAAAGUUACCAGGAGACUGGAACAAAGGGAUAAUCUGUCCGAUUUUUAAAAAAGGAGAUAAGAGUGAAGUUGGUAAUUACAGAGGAGUGACACUUUUGAACACAGCUUAUAAGAUGUAUGCUAGUAUUUUGAACAACAGGUUGAUGGAGGCAACAGAGGAAAAACUUCGAGAAACUCAAUUCGGUUUUAGGAAAGGAAGAGGGACGGUAGAUGCGAUAUACGUGCUAAACUAUGUCGUAAACAAGGAAUUAAGCAGAAAGAGAGGGAAAGUUUUUGCGUUUUUCGCGGAUCUGAAAGCGGCAUUCGAUAGAGUAGAUAGGCAGGAGUUGAAUCGAAUGGUGAAGCAUAUAGGAGUGGACGACCAUCUAAGGAGAAGAGUCAUGGAAUCCUAUAGGGAAACGAAGAACACGGUAAGAAUAGGAGAGAGAAGGACGGAAGAUUUUUGGACGGAGAGAGGGGUACGACAGGGAUGCCCGAUGAGCCCUACACUGUUUAAUAUAUAUGUUAUGGACUUAGAAGAGGAGAUGAAGAAGGAACAGGUAGGAGGUGUAACAGUAGGAAGAGAAAAAUUCUGGACAAUUUCAUACGCGGAUGACAUGGUACUAGUAGCGAAAAGCGAAGAAGAACUAAAAGGAAUGAUAAAUCGUUUUAAGAGAUACUUAGAGAAGAAAAAUAUGUUACUCAGCACAGAAAAGUCGAAGAUACUAGUAUUCGAGGAUGGAAGAGGAAGGAAGAAGAAAAGGGAAUGGAGGUGGGGAGACCAAAGCAUCGAGGAAGUCAAGGAAAUAAAAUAUUUAGGAUAUAUAUUGCAGAAAAACGGAGGUACGGAGAAACACAUCGUGGAAAGGUACAAGAGAGCAACAGUGGCAAUGAAGAAGACGUGGAGCAUAGGAGAAAGGUUAUUCAAGGACGACUACGCCAGAAGAGUCAAGAUGUUCGAAGCUUUGGUGGGAAGUAUUGCGUUGUACGGAGCGGAGAUCUGGGGCUGGACAAAUGAAGCGAGAUUAGACAGGAUAAAAAGGAAGUACACCAAAUGGGUUUUAGGUUUAGACACAACAACACCGAACUACAUUCUGAAAGAGGAAACAAAGAUGAAAGAAAUAAGAAUAGAAGCACUGAAAAGAGCGUUAAAAUAUGAAGAAAAAGCAAGGAACAGCGAGAAGAAAUUAGUAGCAGAAUGCAUCAAGGACCUGGACAGAGAAAGAGUAGCAAGAGAGGAAAGCAAGUGGGAGGCAGCGAGAAGCACAUUUUUUAGAGGAAUAGGGAUGGAGAGGGAGAGGGAAAAAGAAAAGAAAGGAGAGACGUCUAAUAGCAAGAUACAGAUGCGGAAACGAAUGCAAAGGAAACCAACACUGGAAGGGGGAAGAGGACAAGGCUUGCAGAUUAUGCGGAGAAGAGGUGGAGACCCUGGAACACAUAAUUCGGACAUGCCUUGCAACAAGGAGCGACAUUCAGGUUCGGGAAUUGUUGAACGAGGAUGGCAGGGGUCUGGAGGAGAUGAAAAGGAUUAA